CAGAUGAGUUUGCAGACAGCGCAGUAACAGACUGAGCACAGCUUGAGAACGAAGACAGACUCUCCAAUCACAAGUUUACAAAGAAAAUUAACAGACAAAGCUACAAACAUCCUCGGAGCAGAGUUUUCUCUUCUUCUGAUCGGCUUUGAAAAGCAGCAGAUAGGUGCAAUGGCGACACCCAAAAACACACCCCGAGGCACAAACACACCACUAUCCCCCAACCGUAUCACUCGGCUCCAGGAGAAGGAGGACCUGUCCAACCUCAACGAUCGUCUGGCUGUCUACAUCGACAAGGUCCGCUCACUGGAGGCUGAGAAUGCCGGUCUGCGUCUGCGAAUCACCGAGUCUGAGACAGAGGUCAGCAGGGAGCUGACGGGCCUGAAGGCCGCCUAUGAGACCGAGCUGGCCGAUGCCCGUCAGACUCUGGACUCUGUGGCCAAAGAGCGAGCACGGCUGCAGCUGGAGCUGGGCAAGCUGAGAGAGGACUACAAGGAGCUGAAAGCCAGGAACACCAAAAAGGAGUCAGAAUUGACAGGAGCCUUGCAGAGGCUCAAAGACCUGGAGGCUCUGCUGAACUCAAAGGAUGCGUCAUUGACUACGGCUCUGGGAGAGAAGCGUAACCUGGAGGUGGAAAACAGGGACCUGAAGGCUCAGGUUGCUAAGCUGGACACCAGUUUGGGCGAUGCCAGGAAGCAGCUGCAGGAUGAGAUGCUGAGGAGGGUGGAUGGAGAGAAUCGCAUCCAGACUCUCAAAGAAGAGCUGGAGUUUCAGAAGAACCUCCACUCUGAGGAACUGCGGGAGAUAAAGCGGCGCCAUGAGUCUCGUAUGGUUGAGUUGGACAACGGCCACCAGCAGGAGUUUGAGAGCAAGCUGGCAGAGGCUCUGGUGGAAAUGCGUAACCAGCAUGAACUGCAGAUCAAAAUGUACAAGGAUGAGAUUGAGAAGACCUACAACGCCAAGCUGGAAAGUGCUCGUCAGUCUGCGGACAGAAGCAGCCACCUGGUGGGAGCAGCACAUGAGGAGCUCCAGCAGACACGAAUUCGCCUGGAGUCCACGUCGGCUCAGCUCAGCCAGCUGCAGAAACAGCUGGCGGCCCGUGAGGCAAAGGUGAGGGACCUGGAGGACGCCCUGUCUCGGGAGCGGGACACCACACGUCGCCUGCUGGGUGAGAAGGACAGAGAAAUGGCUGAGAUGAGGCAGCAGAUGCAGCAACAGCUGGAUGAGUAUCAGGAGCUCCUGGAUGUCAAACUGGCUCUGGACAUGGAGAUAUGUGCUUACAGGAAGCUGCUGGAGGGAGAGGAGCAGAGGCUGCGUCUGUCCCCCAGCCCUCCGCCCACCAGAGUGACAGGAAGUCGUUCCUCUACGUCAGCAGCUCACUCUCGGUCAGUCCACUGCAGCGCCCAGAGCUCUCCUGCCAAGAGGCGUCGCCCCAACGACACCGACAGCGAGGCCUCCAGCUUCGCAGGAGGAGCCGUGGCUCGCACUCGCAUCACCCAGCAGGCGUCAGCCAGCGGACGGGUCACUGUGGACGAGGUGGACCUGGAUGGGAAAUAUGUCAGACUCAGCAACAAAGCAGAUGAGGAUCAGAAUUUAGGGAACUGGCAAGUGAAGCGGCAGGUGGGAUCUGGUGCACCCAUCAUCUUCAAGUUCCCGGCUAAAUUCACCUUGAGGGCCGGGCAGAGGGUCACGAUCUGGGCCUCUGGCUCUGGUGGAGCCCACAAUCCUCCCUCUGACCUGGUGUGGAAGACUCAGGCCUCCUGGGGCACGGGAGACGUGUUCCAGACCACUCUGAUCAGCGCCAACGGAGAGGAAAUGGCCAUGAGGAAAGUCACCCGCACACAGUUUGAAGAAGAGGACGAUGACAUGCAGGUGGCUCACAGCACUUGUGGGGACAGCGAGUACAACCUGAGGAGCCGGACCGUGGUCUGCGGCUCCUGUGGACUGCCGUCAGACAAAUCCAGCAACUGCUCCGUGAGCUCGGCUUCCCGCUCCUUCCGCAGCGGCGGCAUCUCCGAGGGUUUGCUGGCACCACACUCCUACGUGUUCAGCACCAGCACUCCUCGCAAGGCUGGACUCAGACUGGAGACCUGUAAAGUCAUGUGAAACCCCUGGAUCCAUAUUGAAAAAAGUUAUUAGUUCUUUACUUAUCAGUUGUAGUUAUUUAGUUCAGUUCAUGUACUUUGGAAUAAUGUUCAAGAUAUCAUAUGCAAGAAAGCUUUGUACUGCUUUUUUAUAAUGUACAUAGGCAUGCACAUGAAAUAUUUUCUCGACUUUAAAUGGUGAUUUAAACAGUCACUUCUGUUUGUAUUGGUGAUAUUCAGUCUUUACUGAAUCUGUUCAGGCUCAUUUAUUACCAAUAAAUAAACAGUGUGUGAUAUCCACAGAUACUGUGGCUGUUAGAGGAAAUCAUACUAUUCUUACACUAUUCACAGUUAAAUCAGAUUUUUACUACGCUCCUUAAACAUACUGACGCAGCAGGGUUGCAGUAAAUCCAUUUGUGCUCACAUAUUUUGAAAAAUGCAUUUAUUUUUGAGUAUAAUUUUCUCCUUGAGAUGAAGUAAACUGACCUCAGCCUUGCAGAUCUGCAGAAUAAUGUGUAUUUUUGCUGAUAUCAAUAAACCUGUUUUCAGAAAUCUGCCUCAGGGCUGAAA